GCUGCAGCCUUAUUGUGCUCACGCGCCUCCCCAGAGAAGGGACUCUCCAGCCGAAGAGUCCGGAGGCCGCCCCUUUCCAGCCACCCCGCCCCUCCGUGGGAGCCCGGCUGGGUGGGUGGGACUUUCUCCGAGGGAGCGGCUCCAGCAGCGGAAGUGCGGAGGCGGCCAACGGUGCUUUCUGGCCUGCCGCGGUUUGUUGUGGUUCGGGGUGAGGACAAUGGGGCCGGCGGAGCUCCUGGUCGCCCUGGCGGUCUUGCCGUGGGCCUUCCGCGGCCGGUCUGGCGCGCUGGCACUGCCGGAGAAAGGUACCGUGGGAGGGGAACGGGUCCGGCCUCUUCCUGAAGCGAGGCGCCGCCCGAGCCUGGCGCAUUGUUCAGCGCGGCUGGCUCCGCGAAUUCGACUCUUAGGGAUUCCUGGAUUAAGAGGCCUGGGCUAUGGGUUUUAGGAUCUGGUUUCUGGAAUGAGUUUUCCGGUAUGCCAAAGCUCGGUUGGCUCAGCGCUGGUCAUUUUUGCUCGCUUCUGGUCUUGGCGGCGGCGCGCCUUCUCCACGCUUCCCUCUUUGGAUUUUACGCGUGGUCCGCGCGUAGGUUAAGUAUUUCGAAGGAGGCAUCAUCUCCAGUUACUGAUCUUCGUUGCAAAGUCGACCGGGCACUUUGAAACACACGGGAAAGCCCCCUUUUGAAACAGGCCCAUUCGUAAUGGGCUGCCCAAAAAAUAUGGGGACGUUAUUUAUCCGCGUCAAAUUUAUUUAUUCAUUGCGUUUUUAUAUCCCACACGUUGCGUGUGCGCCGUUCAUGUACCCUGGUAUCAGGUAUGCACGAAAGACAUUAUGCCCACCCCAACGCCAUUCUAGGCUUCGAGUGAGUCAGGGUUUGUUAGAACUGAUUGUGAGGCCUCAAAUCCGUACAGCCGAAUACAGUAUACUGUACUAAGUUGAUCUGCCUUGCCAGCCAGCACUGCAUUUACUUCCCACAUAUUGUCAAAUAUGCAGCUAGUGCUUCCAGGUCACAGAGUUUUAAGUGACUUUAGACCCCUGCUUGUGUUUGGCUCUUCUGUAAGGCUUUGUGAUUUGGAAAAUGUUUGUGAUUUUCUUUUUUCAUCCUGUAUUGCAUUAUAGAAGAAGUAGGUUCUCUGGUGCUUAUUCAUACAAGGAAGUAGAUAAGGAAGUUGAUUCUUGUAUUUUAAUAUUUUGCUGGAAGCCGCCCUGAGUGGCAGGGGAAACCCAGCCAGAUGGGUGGGGUAUAAAUAAUAAAUUAUUUAUUAUUAGAGUUAAGCAACAUGGUAUAAGCAGAUUUACUUAAGUUACAGUAAAUAUGCCACAUAGCAUGUGAGUUGUAUGCCCAACUGUGUUGCCUGGAUUUUUGUUGCUAUAGGUGAGGCAAUUUUCAGGCAAAAUCUUCCAUAACUCAGAAGAUCUCUUUUUGCUGUGCUGAUCCACAAUGAAGCAUUCUGUGAUAAAUUCCCAGUUCAUGCAGAUUCUACAUUGUAUUUUUUUAAAUAAAAGUAUUUAUCUACCGCUGUAUCAUGUAUCACAACAGUUUGCAACAAUAUAAAAGCAUGCAAUGAAUCCAUUAAAAAAAUACUGUAGAACAAAGGACCUGGUUAGUGCCCAAUAUUAACUGUUGCUUACACUCAAACUAGCACACCAUAACCUGCAAGGGGUCUGUGAUUGAAUUGUGAGAAAUUUUUGCCAAAAGGCCACACUCAGUGGCUUCUUUUAUUAGUUUUCCGAUUAUAACCCAAUUAUACAAUACCAAUUAGUUCCAAAUUAAUACAAUUUCAUUAAAGUGAGAACUCUUAAAUUGGGACAGGGCCAGUCAUGGAAGUCAAAUGUGUUCAGCGUAAUAUAUUUCAGUGCUAUUCUUUUUGUUAUUAGAGUGAAUGGCAGUCUUUAACUUAAUAUGAGAGAAAGUAAAGUGAACCUACCCUUUAGUUUAUUUACAAAUGCCCCAAGUCCUAAAUUUUCCAGCCAUGCAUAUUUUUAUUGUGAUGUGGCCUUUAGCACUGUAUUUGCUGUGGAUUUUUUGCUCCCAAACUGGCCGUGCAAAAGGCUGUUAGUGCUUAGGUAUGAAUCAUUAGGUAUAUCAGUGUGAUAUUAUGUCACCCUUUGUCAUAGCUGUCAACGUUUUCCUUUUUUUAAGGGAAAUUCCCUUAUUCCGAAUAGGAUUCCUCGCAAGAAAAGGGAAAAGUUUACAGCUAUGCCCUUUGUUGACCUAAUGUUUCAGACUACAGUUCCCAUUAGCCACAGCUAUUACAGCUGUGCUGGUUGGGCUGAUGGGAGGAGUAGUCCAAAAGCACAGAGGGCACGACAUUGGUAAAGACCAUAUUAGGCGUAUAAAGUUAUAGAUUAAUCAGAGUAACACCUGGGUUUGUUUGCUCAUGCUGGUGCAUGUGAUCAAGGGAUACAUGGGGCUACCUUUGAAGGUGACCUGGAAACUACAGAAUGCGGCAACUAGACUGGUGACUGGGAGCGGCCGCCGAGACCAUAUAACACCGGUCCUGAAAAAUCUUCAUUGGCUCCCAGUACAUUUCUGAGCACAAUUCCAAGCGUUGGUGCUGACCUUUAAAGCCCUAAACGGCUUCAGUCCUGUAUACCUGAAGGAGCGUCUCCACCCACAUCUUCUAGCCUGGACACUGAGGUCCAGUGCUGAGGGCCUUCUGGCGGUUACCUCGCUGUGAGAAGUGAGGUUACAGGGAACCAGGCAGAGGGCCUUCUUGGUAGUGGCGCCCACCCUGUGGAACACCCUUCCUUCAGAUGUCAAGGCAAUAAACAACUAUUUUACUUUUAAAAGACAACUGAAGGCGGCCCUGUUUAGGGGAGUUUUUAAUGUCUGAGGCUGUAUUGUUUUUAAUAUUCAGUUGGCAGCUGCCCAGAGUGGCUGGGGAAACCCAGCCAGAUGGGUGGGGUAUAAAUAAUAAAUUAUUAUAAUAUUAUUAUAGGCAUGGACUGAAGCAUAGUUAAGCAGGGAUGUGUGCAGGGGUGAGGCAGCAGAGUAGAUGUGCACUUUUGCUCUCUACACCUGUGCUCUGGGGCGGGGGGGGCACACAGUAUUGAUAUGGGGCCUUCAGCAGUUGUACAGUUGAUCCAGACAAUGAUAAUCAAUAAAUCUUGGACUCUGCAAGUUAAGCACACUAGGCUGCUAAACUAACUUGUCCAUAAAGGUCACUUAAAAUCAGCUGGCCCUGGACCCAUGAAAUGAAUGUAAACUCUUUCUUUUCACAAUACUUCUGAAUUCUAAAGAUAAGUAAUUAGUGUUAACCUAUUGAAUCAGUCUAGUAAGAUUUCGACACAUCCUCUGUAUCAGGAAUAGCUAACUCACAGGCUGCCUCUGUUCCACCAAGCAGCCUUUUGCGGUCUUUAAGACCCUCAAAUUUGUCAUCUGUUGUUGUUCUAAUGUGCUUUUAGUUUGUUAAUUUUACUCAUGUGGGUUUCCUACUGUGAUGCCAUGAGCUCUCCAAAAUUUGUCAAGAUUUUAAUUUUUUGAUGAGUGCUUCCAUAGGUCUCCUGUGACACUGAUUCCAAAAAGUUGUUUGUGAGUCCCCAAUGGGCCCACUAAAUUUGAUACUGUAUUUAGAAAAUAAUACUGACUACUACUGUGAUGCCAUGAUGUCAGAUUUGUGUGUCUGUGUGUGACAUCUCUAAGAUACCUCAAAUUUUUUAUUCCAUAUGAAUUUAACCAGGAAGGAUAAAAAUUGAUUUAAAAUAGUGUAGUCUUUUGGAAAGAAGCUUUUAAAACUGUUCUCACUAUGGCCACUUUUGCAUUUGGGCUGCCAUGUUCAUCUUGACAUACAUGCUCUGAAGAAUUGACUAUGGUUCAAGGUGGCCUUUGGCUCUUUAGGAAGGCAUGAGGAACAGAUGUGGAGCAAGUAUUUGAAGAGGCACUCGGGAAAUCUCUUGGAACUCUAGUUGCGUAUUUUCUGGAAAUAUGUUAGAGAUCCCCAGCUUAGUAUUGUUUAGCAGCUGGUGUGCUUGUAGCUGCAAAACAAUUGUGUAACUCAAGUUUGGAAGGCCUCUAAGGAAUAGUUGUUUACUAAAAGCUAGGAACUUUUAGCUUCACAUAGUGCAUCGUCCUGAGUGUGGAAAGGAUAUUGUCAGCUUAGUGAACUGUCCUUUUCUUCCUUUUGCUUACACUCCUGAAAAGUUUAAAAGAUGGCUCCAUGAUAGAGAUAAGUAUUAUGUUGCCUGCUUUAAUGAAAGGCAGAUUAUCUCUAUAACUAAGUAAAAUGUAUCUUCCCUUUUAUCCAGUGGAAGACUCAAAGGCAUUCAUUUGGAACUUAAAAUGUUGCACCUACAUUGCACAAUAUGAGUAAAAACAUAACUUGUGGGUGCCAGUGCAAGAGGAAGUCCUGGCUAUAUUUUACAGUUGUAGAUGAAGCAUCCUGUGGAGUUUAACAAGGGUAUCCACUGUGUGCAAAAACCCUGCAAGGGGUCUGCCCAAAUACCAGGAAGCAGCAGGAGUCAGGAGAAGUUGUAUUUGUUCAUGAGCUACAGAACAGCAGCUCAGCAUAGCAGGCAAGACUAAGAUGCUUACCCAUUUCUACUGAGCUAUGGAGGGAACUACAUCAAGAGAGGGGAGGGGUGUUCCUGUCACAGACUAGACCUGUCUCUUAAUGAGAAAGGCCUCACUCACUACACUAGAAGUGGCUAGACCAGGUGGCUUAGCAGGAUUAUUAGCCCUGGUUUGUCAUGAUGUACAGAAAGUUUUGUGGGAAGAAAUUGGAAGAAAAUGUUGAAAUAUAGGAAAUAGGUAAAAACAACUAGGGAGGGAAAUGAGGCUAUUAAAAAGUACAAUAUAACUUUAAGAACGAAGUUUGGUCCCCACCCCCCCAAAAAAAAACAUUUUUCCUCAGGUCAUGUGUUUUAGAUCAUAUGCCUGAAACAAGGUUGAGCUUACAGCUGGUUUUUUGUUUUUGCAAGGUGUUCUGGGAGCCUCUCUCUCUCUUACUAAAGUGGAGCGUAUAAAUAAUUUAAAUUUGGGGUGGUUUUUAGUAGUUAAUUCAUAGUGAGGGAAGUAGCUUACCAACCUCAAGCUCUCUGUGCCACCUUGGUUCAUGCAGGGUGGUACAAUUUUUGAAGGCUGGUAUCAUUGCAGAGCUACAGUUGGUAUAUUUGUAGAAAUUUUCACUUGAAUUAUCACCUCAUUAGACUUACUGACAUGCGUCCUGAAAUGCAUAGAAAGUGGGCUGAAUGCACGCAGGACAGACCUCCUUUGCUUCCGUGCAUUUGACAUAAGGUCAGAAUAAGCUGUAGGUGCCCACAUCCUCACAUGCAAACCCCUCCAUCCAGAUUUCAGGCAUAGAGGUUGGACAUUUCCUACAUGUAUAGGAAUGCACAUGUAUGUGACAUGUGGGAGGCUGCAGAAACACACAUGGCAAUUCUGCUGUCCACCCCACCCCUGGUGUGUUCUGUUUAUAUCCUUCUGCUAGAAUUAUAAAUAGUCAUUUGGUUGGCUGUUUUCAAAAUUCAUUUAAUUCAGUUGCAUCAAAGCAGUAAUAAUCUUUGCCUUUUCAGUGCCUUCACCAAGCAAUAUUGUCAUAGAUUCGUAUAAUUUCAACACCUCUGUUCGGUGGGAUUACAAAAGUGUGUCUUCAAAGACUCUCUUUACUGUGAGCAUCCUGUGCUAUGAUAGGUAAGACUGUUUUGACUUUGUACCUCCCCCAAAUGUUUGUUCGUUCAAUGCUGUCUUCUAAUGAAUCAGCAGAUUAACAAAAAUAAACUUUUUUUGCAAUUUUAUCACACUUUAUAAAUUUGAAUAUGAACUUCGAAUGUUUUCUUUUUUUUUUACAUAGGGCUGGUGACGUGGAAGUUGAUAACUGUGUAAACAUAACACAACACUAUUGUGAUAUCACCCACGAGGUUGAUGAGUCGUGUGAUACGUUCUGGGUGAAGGUUAAAGCUCUUAAUGGACUGCAUGAAUCUGACUAUACACGUUCAGACCGAUAUCAUGUGUUCGAGAAUGGUAAGUUGUUGUUGAAAUAUGUAAGGUUUCUAGAUCUUGAGUGUGGGCUAUCCUUUGCAAUGGGGCUAGGGAAUCUCCAGGCUGCAGGGCAAUCAAGGGCUCACAUGGGGGUUCAACUUACCCCACAAGGUUGCAGUUUGCAGGUGCUCCCGUAUUUGACAUGGUCACUGGAGGCUAAGGUGGCAUUUUUUUCCACUCUAGCAUGUUCACCAGCUACGAUCCCUUUUGGACAAAGGUGAUCUGGCCACUAUACUCCAUGCUGUGGUAAUUUCCAGAUUGGAUUACUGAAACGCGCUCUACUUGGGGCUACCCUUGACGACUCAGAAACUUCAGUUGGUCCAAAAGGCAGCAACCAGAUUACUGACUGGGAUUCCAUUUAGAUCUCAUACAACUGUGUUUUAAAACAGUUGCAGUGGUUCCCAGUUUGUUUCUGGGCCCAAUUCAAGGUGCCACUCACAUUGCUGUUUAAAGCCCUAAACAACUCAGGCCCCCAAUAUCUGAAAGACUGUCUCCUUCCCUACAGACCCUCUGUGGUGCUGAGACCAGCAGAAAAGGCCCUCUUGGUAGUUCUAAGGCUUGGGAGGGCAGCCAGGAGAGGGCAUUCUGUGUGGCAGCCCCUAAGCUGUGGAACUGCCUACUCACACAGGUGUACCUCGCACCUUCAUUGUACUGUUCAAACACCUGCACCUACAGGUGUUUUCAGGACCCACCUUAUUUUUAUGGUUGUGGAUUGUUUUAAAUUGUCUGUAAUGUUGUUUUAAUGUUGUAACCCAUCCUGGGACCUUAAGGUGAAGGGUGGGUACUACUACUACUACUACUACUACUACUACUACUAUUUUCCCCAAACCACACCUAGCCAAACAUCAACUGUUACUGAUUAUGCCAGCUGAAGGGCAGACAGUCAGGGUUUAAUACUUCACUGUUUGUCAAGUUCCCAGCAGGGAGCAAGAUCACAGAGCAGGAUUAAAUCUAGUUAUAGGUAGGUAGCCGUGUUGGUCUGCUGUAGUCGAAGUAAAAUAAAAAAAAUUCCUUCCAGUAGCACCUUAGAGACCAACUAAGUUUGUUAUUGGUAUGAGCUUUUAUUGGUAUCUGAAGAAGUGUGCAUGCACACAAAAGCUCAUACCAAUAACAAACUUACUGUAGUUGGUUUCUAAGGUGCUACUGGAAGGAAAAUUUUUAUCAGGAUUAAAUCAUCACUCAUCUGAGUGAGAAAGCCAGUGCUUUUUUUCUAGAAAAAUAGGUGCCGGUACUCACCAUGAAGUUGUUACAGUAAGUGCCACACUUUUUAACAACAACAAAAGUGCCAGUACUGGGUACCCUGAAAAUAAUAAUAAUAAUAAUAAUAAUAAUAAUAAUAAUUAAUUUAUACCCCACCCAUCUGUCUGGGCUUCCCCAGCCACUCUGGGUGGUUUCCAACAAAAUAUUAAAAUACAGCACUGAUUGUCUGAAAGCAGCUCUUGUACACAACCUUUUGAAAGAGCUCUUUGUGUACGAGAGCUGCUUUCUUUUGAAAGCAGCUCUUGUACACAACCUUUUUGAAAGAGACUUCUGCAAAGGCUUUAAGCCUGUCCCUGCUCUCCAGGUUGAGCCCCUCCAAAGGGGAGCGGCUGUCUUAAAGUCUUUUGUAAAUCUCCCUCUUUUAAGUACCCAGUCUCGGAGGCUAAGAAGUGAAGUGCAAGGUGACUUGGAAAAUGGUUUGCAAGUCUCCUUUAUUCCCCUCUGAGAUCAGGAACGUAAAGCGGGGAGACUCACAGAGCCCUUUGCAAGGCUUCCCUCGCUCCCCUUUUAAGCCUCCAAGCUCAGGGGCGUAAGAGUGGAGCAUGGGGAGUAGGCCUGGGUGAUAAUAUUGAUUUAUCGCCCAGGACCGGUAUGAGGAGCAGACCACAAUGUUGGUUUCACUUAGUGGUAUAUCGCUGGUGAAACCGCCACCACUCCUGAGUCCCUCCGCUAACAGCGUCCACUGGAGGGAGUCAAGAGUUCCUUCCUCAAGCGGGCACUGCUUGUUCCUCCCUCUGCAUUUUAAACUGCUCCACUAAGGAGUGUGCAGCUGCCCUUGCCUCGGUUCAGCAGUUAAAGGAGCCCCCAGCCUGGCAAGCCAGCGGUGGGGUGGAGGCUCUGAAACUGCUCCGCUGAGGGGAGCGCAGUUGCCACUCCUCAGUUGAGCAGUUUAACAUUCCCCCCCCCCCCAUAUGAGACAGCCCUGGUGCUCUCGCAGCUUGCACAUGAAUGGCAAGAGCACCGGGGUGCUUUAACUGCUCGCUGUGGGGAGCAGCAACCCUCUCCCCACAGCUGAGCAGCGCAUACAAGCUGCGUUGUCCCAGUCUGCAAGCCUGGGUGAAACUGCCUCAGCUCUUGCCAGCGCAUCUUGUUUUUUCAUCAUCCUGGUAUAUCGCCAAACCCCGCAUUGUUUGGCUGGCAAUACACCGUGAUGUCGAAAAGCUGAUAUCGCCCAGCCCUAAGGGGGAGAUGUGUGUAGCACAGGUGAGCAGCCUAUGACAAAUAGUACCUGCCUCCAAUUAAAAUGGCUUUGUUAAUGCUCCAAUUAUGAUUCAUGUGGGAUAGCUUCACAAUUUCCAUACUGAAUAUCUUCACGGGUUGUUGAUUCUCUCUAUUGAUUAUCAUUUUAAUUAUUUCUGUAGUACUUCACAGAGUUAAAAAAAUGUAUAGUUAUUAUUCUUGCAGCACAGCACUUUGAGGUAUAUUAAGAGAGUGGCAUGGCCCAGGCAGCCUGAUUCCUACAUACAGUAGAAUUUUAGCCAAUACAAAUGGGCUGAGGGUUGCGUUCUGUCCACAAGUUGUUCCCCAGAUAAGAUCUGAUGAUUCACCCAUACUGCUUCAAUACGCUGAUAAAUGUUUAAAGCUGUCUGUAGCUAACUUUCUUGCAUUGCAGUACUGUGAACUGUUUGAUAUUAAUAGGAAAAGUUUAACUGUUUCAGGCCGAAUAGCACCACCAAAAUUUAAUAUCUACAUUAAGAGUCAUCUAAUAAUAGUUGUUACUGAAGUUCCUCUCACUCCAUAUGGCAAGAAGUUCCCACUUACUUUAAGGGCAAACAUCACAGACUUCACCUCCAGAGUGUUCCUUUGGGAAAAAGGACACCCGAAAAAGGUAAAUUUAAGACUAUGAACUUCUCUCCCUAAUGUAGAGGCUGUUUUUGAUGUGAUGCUCAGAGAACAAUUUCAGCAUAGUUCUGAUGAGCUUCAGUUCACCAGCAGGCACAUGAAGUAUAUUCCACACAUUUUUUAGGAAACUGGAAGUUGCCUAAUGGCUGGACUUCUGGGUGUGCUUUGUUUCCUGUUUCCUGCUGUAUGCUUAAUAUUCUUGAGCUGUGAAGGGACAUCCUGUUUUUCUUCUUGAUAUUAGCAUGGGGAAGGUAAAGGCCUGAAAAAAAAUGUGUUUCUUUCAAAGUGUGUGCUUGCUUCUCUCAAUCUACAAGUGUACCACUGAUAGCACUAUUUCCCCUUAAGGGCAUAGUUGGCCAGAUUUCUUUUUGAUAAGUGCUGCAAACCUCAACGACAUAAAUUCACAUGAUUGACCUGUUCAUUUAUGCUGAAGCACUGACAGUUUUGCAGUGACAGUUGGAAUUCUUUACCCAAGUCAUUCCUGUUACUUACUGUGUUCAGAAGCUGUGUGUGUGUCUCUGAAUCAGGAGUACAGCAUAGAGAUUUUAAUGGACAAUCUCAUGUGCCCUAAGUCUGUUCAAUGUGCUACUCAUCACAGCAAGACAAUUUAAAACAAUACAUUGAAAACAAUUUAUGUUAAACAGGUUUCUAAGUAUUGUGUACAUUAGGGUACAGUUAAAGUUUCAGUUUCCACAUUUUUUUCAAGAAACAAAGCUUUAUCUCUUAGAGUACUGAUGGUUUAAUUGUGCUACAGCAGUAACAAUAGUAUAUAGUGUCUUUUAAAAUAAGGUAGUAAUUUACCACACCCACACCAACACGCACCUACCUUAACAUUUAAAAGAAAUCACCAGGGAGGAAGAGAUUUGUGAAAAUUAUGUAGGAUCCAGCUGCAUAUUGCCACUGAAGACCUGGGGCAGUGCUUCCACCUUGGAUUAGAAUAAAGGUUAAGGUAAAGGUACCGCUGACCAUUAGGUCCAGUCACGGACGAGUCUGGGGUUGCACGCUCAUCUCGCUCUAUAGGCUGAGGGAGCCGGCAUUUGUCUGCAGACAGCUUCCGGGUCAUGUGGCCAGCAUGACUAAGCUGCUUCUGGUGAACCAGAGCAGCGCACGGAAACACUGUUUACCUUCCCGCUGGAGCGGUUCCUAUUUAUCUACUUGCACUUUGACGUGCUUUCGAACUGCUAGGUUGGCAGGAGCAGGGACUGAGCAACAGGAGCUCACCCCGUUGCAGGGAUUCGAACCGCCAACCUUCCGAUCGACAAUCCCUAGGCUCAGUGGUUUAGACCACAGCGCCACCCGCUUCCCUCUGGAUUAGAAUAAUGAGCACUAAAUAAUGAAAAUGGGGGGAAGCAGAGGAAGAAAGGGACUUGGUGAGGAAGAGAGUGCUAGCAAAAUGUUGGGAACAAGUAGGGCCACAUUGUGAGAGAAAAGACAAAACAAAGGACAAGAGAAUGCAAGCACUUAGAAGCAAAGAGCAAAAGUUUAAAAUGAAUGUCAUAAUGAAAGGGGAGCCAGUAAAGAAGACAGAAGUGGUCAGUCCAGGAGGCAGGAUGGGCAAAAUGAGUAGCAGAUUUGAGAAUUCAAGAUAGAGGGUGGAGAAGAGAAUUAAGCAUGCCUGGGGAGGGAAUUAGGCAAGCUUGAUGCUUUAAGUAAUAGAGGCAGCAUAAAAUCAGUAUAAACCAAUGUUUUAGUUGUAGGAGGAGAAAGAAUGAAAUUUGGAAAUAUUCAGCAAAUGCAGGAUAAUGUAAUGGUAAAGAAGAAAAGACAGGAAUUUCUGUCUCUUUUUUAAAUAGACUUUUUAAAAGAGACAGUAAUAAUGGAACUAAAGAGGAGGAGCGGUAAAGAGGAGGAACUAUAAAUUCGAUAUAUAUUUAUUAGUUAUUUCAUUUGAAACAAUUGGGAGGCAGGGCGGAAUCCCAAUAUGUAUUUUCAUGUAUCUAGGUAUAUGCCCCACAAUAUGUUGGUCAUUGAUCUAAAGAUACCGCAAGUCUCUUGUUCUAACACUGUGAGGCUAAAUCAGUGUUUCAGUGAAAGAGAAGACAGUUGAUGAGAAACAAUAACAUGGUUCUGUUAAGCAAAAAAACCCCAAUAGCUUUUAAGAGCACAAAGAGGGAUACUGCAUAUUGAAAUAGCAAUGAGGUUAGAGAGAAAGGAAGAAUGUGGACCAGGACCCUGAUUAGUUGAAACACCACUGACAACGGAAGUAGGAAUGGAGGUGGAGGGGAAGACAGAGGAAAGGGGGAAAUGAGAAAAUUGAUUGCAUCAUGUUAGGAACAGGGAAGUAAACCACAUACAGUAUAAAUCAUGCAGUGGGGAAACAGAGAUGGAUAAUCUGACUAAUUCUAAGAACAUGGAAAGAAAAAUCUGGUUGUAUCAUGGAGCCCAUAAAAAAGGCUUUUUCCAUUCUGCAAAUCUUCAGUAGCAAAUUAGGUUGUUAGUAGGCAGUGUUUAAAUCAGCUGGCAGCCCCCUUCCUGUUUCCUUGCAUAUAUUGUAUUUACAUAAACAAGUGUAACUUUUUAAAAAAGUUUUUUUGUUAUUUACAGCGUCAAAAAUUUGAGGCAGAGGACAUAUGUAAUGACACAUCAUGUACCAUAUCUAUUCAAGUUCCUUCUUUGGAAAGCUUGUAUUGUGUUUCAGUUCAAGGAUUUUCAGAAGAGUUUGCCAUUCAGAGUGAAGAAUCUGAAGAGAGGUGUAUUGACAGUCCUCCUAAACACUCAUCAGGUAAAUAAGUUAAUUCUUCAUUAUUUUGAAAGCCUCAUAAUCUGCAGAGCAGAGGAUCAUACAGAGGCACCAGGACAGGGGUGGGGAACCUUUACGGCUCUAUGGGCCAUAGUCUUAACAAAAUCUGCCUCAUAACCCAAAUUGGACAGGUUGGCAAGCCGGCUACCCCUUAGUCACCUGCCAUCAUUGUGAUGUCACAUGAUUGACUGGGUGGGGGUGGACUGCAGCCUCCACAUCUUUGCAAAAACAGCCUCUUUCCUCCUUUACUUAGAAGUAACCACCACUGAAUUCAGUGGUUACUGUGGUCACUCAGCUUCAUAAUUUGGAGUAGAGGAGGAUCACAACUUUCACAGGGGUUAGGUUCAGAUAUUGUACAUAUAGUCAAAACUGUGUGUAGCUAGAACAACCCUGGAAUCACUCCCACCUGACCAUCCCUGCCUUUCCAGUGCUGGCACACUGUGUAGGUCUUGCCUGCAACGCAGGGUGUCGGGAACCUCUCAGAACCCAGUAAGCAAGGCAGAGGGCUUAAAGGUGCUUUCUGCACCAGCACUUUUCAGCUCUCUGCUUUGCGUGCAUUUGUGUGACCACGGGUGACCAGCCACCAGGUGCAUAAAGCUGCGAUCGUGCAAAGUAAGUGUGUGCAAGUUGCAAGUUGACUGUGCUUGCAUAGUUGCCAUUCUGUCUAGAUUCACAGGUGCUAGUUCACCUUUUUCUGACUGCUCCAUCUUUAUAACCUCCAGCUGUUCAACUGCUGCAGUUAUGGGACGGCCCACAAACACAUCCAGGGAGUUCUGUGUUUCAAAAUGCAGCUUCCUGGUUCCUAAUUUGUGAGAGGGAACCCAGGAUGUCAGUCUAGCUUCUUCAGAAUCAUUCUCCCACCCACACCUUCAGUAGAAUUCCCAAGCUAGAAAUGCUACAUACAGUAGUUGUACCUUGGUUUUCAAACAGCCUAGUUCUUGAACGUUUUGGCUCCCAAACGAUCAAAACCCAGAAAUGACUGUUCAAGUUUUUGAUUGUUCAUUUGGAAGCUGCACGUCUGACAGGGCUUCCGCAGCUUCUGAUUGCCUGCUUCCUGCAGGCAAUCAAAAGCCACGCUUUGGUUUUCAAACGUUUUGGAAGUCGAAUGGACUUCAGGCACGGUGUGUGUGUGUGUGUGUGUGUGUGUGAGAGAGAGAGAGAGAGAGAGUGUGUGUGUGUGUGUGUGUGUGUGUGUCCGUCCGUCUAUGUCUCCAGAUUGUGCUCCAGGCUGUUUUAUAAAUAGCUCUGCGCUGCCAAGGAAGGACCUGUUAAUUUACUGAAAAAUAUCUGUACUACUUUGAAAUGUGUAGCAUACAUAUAUGUGUGAAUUAAUAGUAUUAGACCCAAUGCCUUGUUAUUGUAUCAAAUGUCUCUCUCUUUAAUUUUGUAGAUUUAACAGUGCCUAUAACUGUAGGUGUUCUUGGAUUUCUUCUUUUGGCGGGAAUCCUUGCAGGAAUCUACACAUGGUUCAGUAAAAAACAGAGAACAAUUAAACUUCCUAAGUCUCUGGUAAGUUCUCUGUAGGAGCCUAAAGCUCUUUUCUUCAUAUGUUGUUGUUGUUGUUUAGUCGUUUAGUCAUGUCUGACUCUUUGUGUCCCCAUGGACCAGAGCACGCCAGGCACUCCUGUCUUCCACUGCCUCCCGCAGCUUGGUCAAACUCAUGCUGGUAGCUUUGAGAACACUGUCCAACCAUCUCGUCCUCUGUCGUCCCCUUCUCCUUGUGCCCUCAAUCUUUCCCAACAUCAGGGUCUUUUCCAGGGAGUCUUCUCUUCUCAUGAGGUGGCCAAAGUAUUGGAGCCUCAGCUUCACAAUCUGUCCUUCCAGUGAGCACUCAGGGCUGAUUUCCUUCAGAAUGGAUCGGUUUGAUCUUCUUGCAGUCCAUGGGACUCUCAAGAGUCUCCUUCAGCACCAUAAUUCAAAAGCAUCAAUUCUUCGGCGAUCAGCCUUCUUUAUUGUCCAGCUCUCACUUCCAUACAUCACUACUGGGAAAACCAUAGCUUUAACUAUACGGACCUUUCUUCAUAUAUAAUGUCUUAAUAGCAAACAGACUCAAAUUUUAUUUUGUUGGUUCUCUUAUAAAACUUACAUGCUGCUUUAUAGCUUCAAGAGACUCCCAAAGAGGGUUGCAAAAGUUUUCAAAAUACAGUCAAUACACAGUUAUAAUAUUAUGCACUAUGCAGCAUUUGCUAGAACACAUUGAGUAAGGCAUAGGCAAACUCGGCCCGCCAAAUGUUUUUUGGGACUACAAUUCCCAUCAUCCCUGACCACUGGUCCUGUUAGCUAGGGAUGAUGGGAGUUGUAGUCCCAAAACAUCUGGAGGGCUGAGUUUGUCUAUGCCUGGAGUAAGCGAGGACUGCUUUCUUCCUAAUAACCUCUGCUGUUCAGGCCCAAAGCUGAAAAAAACCUUCUGCUGCUGGUAUAAAACGCUUUGACGCAGCACUGACAAAAAUGUUGAGCCCGAGUGACUAUUAGAUGGUAGCAGCGGUGUUCAGAAUGCAGUGUCCAUGGCAUAGCACUGCAUUGUGGGGAGAUUAGAAAUGCUGUCAGCAAGUUCAGCCACAUGGGGCCCUGUGCACAUCUUGGUCCCUGUGGUGCCUGACACAACCUGGCAGUAUUAGUAGUCAAAAGCAAAGGCCUCCACAGCCAGAUUCACUGGUGUGGCGACCAUUUUAACUUUUAUGGCAUUUAUCCCACUUUUUGGUUUUAAAUAUCCAAAUACACAUUUAUGUUCAAAUGAUGAAUAAAAGAUUGCAAUGCAUCAUAUCAAUUUAAGCAAAACAUAAGAUUGAGUUUUUUAUCUUGAAAUCUCAUAUUCCAGUGAUUUAUGAACUCCCAUCUUUCAGUAAGCUUAUGGAUUACUUGGACUUCCUUACUCCUCUUACAAUUUUUAUAGGGCUAUAACUAAACACGGGAGCUGUAUGACAAAUUUAUCACAUAUUUUAUUAUGACUUAUUUGUGUUGGACCGGAUUAUUAUAUUUUGCUCUUUCUUCAGCUUGUAAACUGCCUUGUGCAUAGCAAUAUAGAAAGGCGGUAUAAAAAUUAAAAGUGAAAUGAAAUGAAAUGAAGGACAGGGAAGAAGCUGAAAGAUGAGCAAACUGAUGCACUCCCAUGUGUUCAUGCAUGCUAAAACGGAUGAGAAAUGGGCUGUGUGUUAUCUUUUGUUUCCAAGGAAAAUAACUUGCCACUAAUUUUUUCAUUUCCUUUUUCGUUUCUUAAGGCUGCUGUGGUAAGAAACAUGAACCCAGUCAACUUUGACCCCAGACCAGAAGGCAGACACGCUGUUCUUGUAACUGAACCAGACAUUAAGCCAGAGUCAGAUCCCUCAGGAGAGGCCACUGGCCUCAGUGACUCUGACCAAGAAGCAGAUACACUUCACUCUCAGAGAUCUUCAAGUCUCCAUGAAGGCAUUAUUGUGGAAAUCUCUGAAGGUGAACAAAGUGCCGAAGAGAAUGAAAAUUAUUUUAGAGACGUCAGUGGCCAAGAAGAGAUGUGUAGCAGUGUUCCAAAUCUGGAUCUUCCCAAUGCAGAUGUGGAACAACCCACACUCCCAGAUAGCUGCAGAAACAUUUCUGGUUAUGACAGGCGUUGGCUUCCUCCUGAUGUGGAAGAAUGGCUGAAAACACAGAGUUCCAGUGACACACCAGAAGCCUAAGAGGUCCGUUUCUCAAUCUGAGAACAUUGUAAAAGAGAGAGAGAGAAGCAAUUACUUUUGACUGUCACAAAUAUCCAUUGUAAAGGUUUAUAAGCACUUAGGGUUAUCUGAAGUAUUCUGCUAUAAAUUUGAAGAAUUGUAGAGUUGGAAGGAAGACUGAGGGUCAACUGGUCCAACCCCCUGCAAUGCAAGAAUCAUAAUCUUUUGCUACCCCCACUGUGGGAAGCAGUAUGCUUUUUUGAAUACUGGCUGCAGGAAACCUCAGGAUGUGAAAUGCUGUGUUUCAGGCCCUGGUUGUGUGCUUCCUGUAGGCAUCUGCUUGGCCAACUAACUGUGAGAACAGCAUUCAGACCUAGAUGGAUCACUUGCUGCAAUUUUUUACUUCUCAUAAUAUAUGUUUUUAUGAUUUAUGAUGUGAAAUUUGAAACUAUGAUUUCCCAAUCCUACAAAAGGUAUGUUGCAAGCUAACACUCACAUAUUUAAGAGUAAGCCACAUUGAAUCUCAUACUUCAAAGAAGACCUGACAGUUUUAUUAUAACCAAAGACUUAGUUUAACUGUACAGCUACACACACACUUCUAGAGAAGGGCUUUAGCUAACUUUUCUAAUAAUAGCUAUAUAGAUACAGUUAAAUAAGUUUCCAUAAAUAUCCUCAAGCAUUAAUUUGUACCCGCCGCACCAACAUGCUUGGGCCUUGGUCUGUGGUCAACUGAUUUUAAUGCCCCUCUAUCUGGAUACCUUCCCCUAACUGUGUAGAGAAGAUCUUUUCCGGUCUAGUGUAGUUCGCUCUUCCUUUUCUUUGGACUGAGAGUUGGAACUGAUAAAAACUCUCAUCGCCACAUAGAUGGGUGCAAAUACAGGUCGCGUCCCUUGCGACUGCAAAGCCUGUGAGCUACAGCCAUGUAUAAAAUGAAGUGUGUGUGAAUUGAUAGAAAUUACACACACACACCCCUUGUUUGUUCUCAGGUACCGUGUUCACUUCUGAAAGGCAUUAUUAUGAGCAAUAGGUUCACAUUAAUGCCUCUCCCCAAACUGCAUUUUCAUUUCACCCACUGACAGGGCAGCGUUUAAAAAUCUGAUACUCAUAACAAGACACAGCUCACUUGGAAGUGGGGGGGGGGACCUAAUAGAAUGACAGUAACACACCAGAUGCUCCAGCCUCAUAAAUUAGGAAAAGAUUAUGCAUAGCCAGCUGUACCAUAUAAAUGCCCAGUUUUUUAUACUGCACCAUGACUCUUGGUGUUUAUCAUAUGGUCUAGCAUCUGGUCAGCCCUGUCCACUUCCUAUAUAUCUGCUCUGCUUUGGGGGUUAUUUAUAUUCAGGGCUUUCUCCCCCAUUUGUAUUGUUCCUUAGUCUAGUCCACCUAUAAUAAGACACAAAUGUGGGCUGAUACGGGAGGGGGAGGGGACCACACAAUGUCAAACAGGGACUAGACAGCAAAAAAGGGGAAGCAAUGCACUAACUGGCGCCACAUGGGGAACUGAAUAGACGAAAGUCAGAGGAUUUCUGUACAGUCUCCCUUUUUACUGCAGAUUCAUUGCGUAUGUGCAAUGCAGUGUAUGCUUACCCACUGCAGGAAGAGCUGCUUGACCUUCCUAAACUAAUGAACUGUUCAGCAAAAUCUUCAUUUCUACCUGAGAUUAUCAAGGCAUUUUGGGGCCAUCUAAAUACUGUUCUGGGUUUUUGAACAACCUACAGAUAGGCUGACUCUGCAGAGCCCAAGGCUGAAGCAUUCACCCAUUCUGCCAGUAGUAUGGUGGAGGAGAUGUAACCACAGAUUGGGAAGUACCUACAUUGGGGGGAGGGUGACAAGUGACCAUAAGGGCCACAGUAACACUCUCCUGAUAGUUAGGCAUUCCACUACCUACCCACACAAUAAACCUAUGAUACAGGAAGUGCACUGUUAACUCUGAAUUGGCUCCAUUAGCCCUCGGUGAUGUCACAGUGCCAAAUCAGGUGGGUUAUUGAGUGUUGGGGAUGCCAUCGCAUCUACAUUGUGUUGCCUGAGAGGAAGAAGCGGUUCCAGUGGACAAAGUAAAAUAUAUGCCAAAGCAACUACUGCCCGUUCAGCAGCAAAAGAGUUCAUCCUAGUUUCUUUACAAGUGGGUGAUUAAUAUGGUGCCAGUUAAACUUAAUGUUUGCAGCUUUUAUUUUAUUUCUGGUUAGUUCUCUGUUUAUAUCUGAAAGCCAUAUCUGUCGUUAGCCUAGGGUUUAGCACUGAUCUGUAAUGUGUGAGAGCCAGCGUGGUGUAGUGGUUAAGAGCGGUGGACUCAUAAUCUGGUGAACCGGGUUCACGUCUCCACUCCUCCACAUGCAGCUGCUGGGUGACCUUGGGCUAGUCACACUUCUCUGAAGUCUCUCAGCCUCACUCGCCUCACAGAGUGUUUGUUAUGGGGGAGGAAGGGAAAGGAGAAUGUUAGCUGCUUUGAGACUCCUUAGGGUAGUGAUAAAGCGGGAUAUCAAAUCCAAACUCCUCCUCCUCUUCUUUAUCUCCCACCUCUCUGUUCUGUGACCAACAUUAGCCACAAAGUUCUAAAAAUGCUGUGUUUGAAUUAUGUGCAUGGAACUUCUAAUCCAAGUUUGUAAUGUUAAAGCACUUUUGUACAGAUUUGUUUUUAAUUACAUACAUGUUUGUUAUAAAAAUAUAUGUGUGUGUCUUUAUAUUUCUUAUUUUCAAAAUGACUGUUGGCUAGAAGGCAAAAUAAACGUUCCUUCUGGAAGACACCAAUUACAUAAAUAUUUCUGCAUGGAAUUUGUUUUGAAAUAAACUUAAAAAUGCAGGCACCAAAAAGGAAGAACAUCUCGGUACAACAAGAUCGCUAAUGUAAAGGGGAAUGGAUGUAACACUUCCGAAUAAUUCUGGGACACUUAAACAGCCUUAAUUCACUAAAAAGUUUAAAUCAUGGAAAAAAUAAUGCCAAUAGAUGGCACUCUUGUUCUGUGUUUUCCAGACUAGCAUCUGGACAGUAAUUGAUUCCAGCUAAGGCAAGGAAGCUAUGAUUAGUUUCUGUUCUUCACAAUAGCUACCUUAUAGACAUAGUUGAUCUAAUAAUAUGCACUAAAAUUUUCUGUCUCUGUUAAAUUGAAGAAAUGUACUUGGGUUCUUUUUCUUUUUUAAAUUAUACUCAAACACUGCUCAGUAUCUUAUUUCCUUUUGUCACUUCAUAUACCAUGUAAGCCUCCUGAGCUGUGACAAAAACAGAACUGGAGAUUGGAGGGGAGGGCUCUUUCCCCAUCAGCAAAGUACCCUUUCGUUUGCAGAGAGCUUCCAUCUCUGCAGUAUUUUGGAACCUUGGCAACCUAGAGGACUAGCUGCUUUGAAUGUAACUAUGCCAGUGACCAUUGCAAGUUACCAAAAGACCUAGGAAGCUGCCUUCUACUGAGUCAGACCAUCAGUCCAUCUAGCUCAACAUUGUCUACAGGAUUUCAAGAGGGUCUCUCCCAGUCCUGCUUGGAGGUGCUGGAGAUUGAACCUUGGAUCUUCUGGAUGCAAAGCACAUACUCUGUCACCCUUGCCGAUACAGCAGCAAGUGAUUCCUUACUGUGACAGAGAAAAGGAAGAAGCCUGAGGCCACACUUCUCCAUAGUUGAGAGAGAGAGAGAUGUUCUCUCGCUGUCUCCCCGUCCCAGUAUGCCAAACAGGUCCAAAGGAACAAUUUAGACUGAAGUACAGAGAACAGACUUCAUCCAUGUAGAUCCACCAGUAUUGGUGUCUCCUCGGUGGUUAUGCCACCUAUACCCCAACAAUUUAAUAAGAAUAUACCCUGCCAUGUCACAGAUGCUUUAGCUGAGAUUCCUGCAUUGCAGGAGGAAAGACCCUGGGUGACCCAUGGGAUCCUUUCCAACUCUACAAUUCUAUAACAAGUCAGUAUCUUCAGUACCUCCAGCGGAGGGGGGUUAAGAGGGGCAUUUGUGCCCCCUUCCAGUUGAAAAAUAAUCCCCAGUUCCCAGCUUUCAUCAUUUUAUUAAGAGGUUAAGUUUCUGGCAUUGGCAGAACCAGAGAUCAUGCAAAAUGUACAGGCAUUAUUCUCAGUGUUAUUAUGUGAGAAACUAGCCUGCUCCCCCUUUUUCAAAUUCUACUCCACACUCCACACACCCCCAAAAUACCCCUGUGGAUGCCGAUGAACAUGGCACCGAAUUUUGAAGGCCUGUUGUGCUGGCAUUGAGAACCGAGUGGUCUGCUGUGCUUCAUCGCUUCCCUGGUUUGGAACACAAAACGUAGUUGAAUAAAUAAUCUAGAGGCACU